AUGAUCACACAAGAUACUCAAUCUGAUAAUAGUAAAAGAAUUAGAAAUAUUCAAGAAACCAAACAAAGCAAGGACUCUUCUGUCUCAUUCACAAUAGCAAGAAUAGAUAAUUCAGACAUAGAAAUUAAGAAAUCAGGCAAUAUUAACCAGACAAUAUCUGGAUCCAGUGGUGUAAAGUAA